AUGAACAACAUAAAAGAAUUGACAUAAAAAUUGCUUUCGAUUUCACCAUAUUUUAACUUCCAUUCAUCCUUAUUUCAAAAUCUUUUAUUUUCAAAACAACUUAGGUAACUGAGAAACACUUCAUCUUCUACUUUUGGAAUUAGAAAUAAAUCUACUUCUUCUAUCUUAAAGUGGAUUCAAACCUUCCAAUUUAAAUCCAAUUGCAAUUUUUGGAUUUUACUAGAAUAAUACAAUCCUAAUCUAGAAUCCAAGAUUUUCACAACUCAAAUUUUCCAAACACCAUCCUCUAUGAUUAAUUUAUUCUUACAAGCAAGAUGGAUAUAACUUUUGAUACAUAUUGAAUCUAUAUAAAUUAGAACUUUCAAUGUUUAGCAGAUUCUUGUUAAUUUUUAUGAUCAAAUAGGUUUAAAUCUGUCAAUGAGUCUUGAUAUAUAUAUAUAUCAAUUUAUGUUGAUUCUAUCAUCUAGUAAAAGAUGUUUUAUCAAACUGACUUUUUUAGAUAGGUUGAUUCCAUUAUAAAUAUUGUAUCCUAAAUUCAAAUAAAAUGAAUAAUUGCUGAGAGACAUUCCAUCAGCAUUUACUAAGUAAUAUGAUUCUACAAAGGUGUUGAUUUAAUUGGUUAAAAUUCUAACGAGGGAGGAAUAAAAGAAAAUAAAGGCUUUGAAAUUUGAUACUUAAACUCUUUUUAAUAAAGGACAUUACUAAUGGUCUAGAGUUAUAAAUUACUCACUUUUAAUUCCUCCCAUGUUUACAAAUGCUUUUUAUUAGGCCAUAAGUAGUUUAUCAAUUAUUCUGGUUAUUUUUGCAUUUUUUCAUAUCUUAGGUUCCAUUCUUCUUGCAUUUGUGCGUGCAGUUUAGGGAAAUAGGGCAAAAAUUGAUUAUGAACCAUUAUAAAUUUCUGUCUUUUUUAAUUGUUGCGACAUUGUUUUAAUUAAAAUGAUGGAUAGUUUUGAUUUUAUCAAUAAUAGGAGUCUUGCUUUCAUUGUUUUACAUAUACGCGUUCUUAAGGAUCAAUAAACUACAUAAGAGUCCAGGCGAUAUUUAUUUUGGAAUGUGUUUGGGAGAAUUGAUUAUGAUGUUACAUUAGUAAGCAAAAUCAGCAUAAUUAGUAUUAUAGAUUCUAGCAAUCUUUUACUUGAAGGCGGAAUAAAGAAAAAUAGUGCAUUUUGUCUUAUCAAUCUUGUAGCUUUCACCUUUUCUGUCAUACUUAUUUACUCAUAUACAAUUUAAUUGUAUAUGCAUAUGAUUGUAAGACUCAUCUUUACGCUUCAAGCUAAAAAGAUUAAUAAAUGGUAAGGGCAUUUAGCAACUUGGGUGAUAUCAUUGCUUUAUGCUUUAAUCUCCCUUAUAUCCUUUUAAGAAAGCCAUUGUGGAGUCACUCUCUCCUCUACUGCUCCAUUUACUUUUAUAAUUUUAUUGCUGAGUUUUUUUGCAAUGGCAAUCACUACUCGACAAUAUAUCAAGCAGGAAUGCGAAAUCAAUUCAACUAAUAAACUUUAGAAGGAGGGUUAAAAUUUCAUGUAAUACAUUACCAAAUUAUUUAUUGUUUAAUCCAUAAUAAUGACUAGUUUCAUUACCUUUGCAAUGGCUGCUUAUCUCUUGGAUUAGAGUCUGAAACUUUAGGUAAAUUGCACUAAUGCUACUCCAAUAACUUGGCUAGCUUAUCUUGGCUUUUUUGCUCAAAUUUCUGCUGUUGUAUAUCCUAUUGCUAUUCCCUUAACCAGAUUUACUGAUCCCUUUAUUAAAAAGCAUUUAAUAAAACAUUAUUUUCCAUCUAAAUCGCUGACAGGAUCAAGAGAUAUUUCCAUGAUUGAGCAAUCCUUAGAAGGAACUAGCAUAUAAUAUAAGAAAAUUAGUCUUGAUGGACUUAGCCAAUCGUUAAUUGAACAGAAUUCUUUUCAAGUCUCAUAGGAAUUUAGUACAUUUAGAAAACCUUAUACUUAAUCUGAUUAUUUAAGGACUAAUACAGUAUCGGUUGGAAGAAGCAGAUAACUUACGAUGUAAAAUAAAUAAGAGGAUCCAUUUAUUCAUCAGUUGACAAAUCAAUUGAGAAGUGAAAUUAUUAAGAGAAUUAUGGCCUUAAUUCUAAUUCAAGAGCAUGACAAAGUUAAGGAAAUAAGUCAAAAUAAAUAAUUUAAAAAGAUUCUAAGACAUCAGGCCAAUUAAGAUUAUGAUGAUUAAAUUGUCUUUAAUGUUAAUGACAUGUUUUUAAAGGAACAUUUUAGAGAAUAAUUCAAAGUUUAGAAUAAGAAGUUUAAAAUGAUUUCUUAUGCUCCUGUCAUAUUCGAUAUACUUACUAAGGAAGAUUAAGAACAUCUGGAUCUAUUGAAUUGUUUGGAUCUUGAAACAAAUCAAGAAUAAAUCAGAGAAUGUGCUUAAACCAGUGGUGGGAAGUCUGGAGAAUUCUUUUUCUUUAAUCAUAACAAUAAAAUACUCUUGAAAACAAUAAGCAUGUCUGAACUUCAAACUUUAUUAGAAAUUAUUGAAUAGUAUUUCUGGCAUUGCACUAAUAACCCAAAUACCUUAAUUGCUAAAAUUUUAGGAAUUUUUACAUUUGAAGGAUUUGAAAUUGGCAGAAUUUCUAUGAUUCUCAUGAAAAACAUUGGUAAAAUUAAUAAAAUGGCUAUCCAACGCAUUUUUGAUUUGAAAGGGAGCAGUUACGAUAGAGAAGUAAUUAAAACGAUUAAAUCAUCUGGGGAAUUUAAUUCUUAAAAUGUGGAAACAAUAUCAAGCGGUUAAGUAUUAAAAGAUUUAGAUUUCAUAAAAUUGGAAAAGUAAAUACACAUAAGUCCUGAACUUUGUACUUAAAUUUAUGAACAAUUAGAAGUUGACACUCUCUUCUUAAAGUCAUUGGGCUUUAUGGAUUAUUCUUUGUGUCUUAUGAUUGUUGAUUGGUAGAGUUUUUAUCAAUCUUAACUUUCCAAUGAAAUAUAAGAUGAAGAACUUAUUUAAAAGAUUAUUGGCUAAAAAUUAACUAGAUUGCAGCAUUGUUAUCCAAGCACAGUCUAAAAUGGAUUUUAUUAUCACAUAGGUAUUAUUGACUAUCUUUAAAAAUAUAAUUUGUAAAAAAUAACUGAAAAAUAUGCCAAAAAGUUUAUGAAAUUGGAUUCAAAUCUAGAUACGUCUUCAUAAAACCCUUAUGAAUAUAGAAAGAGAUUCUUAAUAUUUUUGAAGAGAAUAUUAUGA